UGACAACAUAUUGUUUUCCUUUACACGAUUUUCCUUUCUAAAGUUAGGUGUUAGGCAGACUAUAUGGGAACAGCUGCUUCUGCUUGAGCAAAAUAACUACCAGGGAGAAAAGCCCGCGCACAGAUGUAGUCCUUCUAAAGAACUACAGUACGUAUUCAUCUCUUCCGCGUCAACAACAAGAAGUGGGCCAACUAUAGUCUACAAUCAAAUAAUAACGAGGAGCUCUUUGGCCGGUGGUAGUUUUGGCCUGAGUUGGUGAUCGGCAUCAUGGAGGUGGUUAUGAACAUUCUCAAGACACCAGCGCCAAGUGGGGUGUCUGUGACCCUGGGCCUGUUCAUGAUCUUCCUGGCUCUGCUGUACUGGUAUGCUACGUUCCCCUAUUCGUCCCUGGCUCGAUGUGGAAUAAGGCACCCCAAACCGUCCCCAUUCUUUGGGAACCUGUUUCUAUUUCGUCAGGGCUUUUUUGGUGUUCACACAGACCUGAUUCACAAGUAUGGGAGAGUAUGUGGAUACUAUCUAGGCAGGAGGCCCGUGGUGGUGGUAGCUGACCCUGACAUGCUCAGACAGAUCAUGGUGAAGGACUUCAGCACCUUCACCAACAGAAUGACGAUCCGUGCCGCUACUAAGCCCAUGAGUGACUGUCUGCUGAUGCUGAGGAACGAGCACUGGAAGAGAGUACGCAGCAUCCUCACCCCCUCUUUCAGCGCAGCCAAGAUGAAAGAGAUGGGUCCUCUGAUCAACACAGCUACUGACACCCUGCUCACCAACCUCAAUGGUCAUGCUGAGUCUGGAGAGAGCUUUGACAUUCACAGGUGUUUUGGCUGUUUCACCAUGGACGUGAUAGCCAGCGUUGCCUUUGGCACCCAGGUGGACUCUCAGAAGGACACAGAUGACCCGUUGGUCCACCACGCCCAGAAGUUCUUCUCUUUCUCCUUCUUCACACCCAUCAUGUUCGUCUUCAUUGCCUUUCCAUUCCUGAUUCCUCUGGCCCGGGUCCUCCCCAACAAGAGGAGGGAUGAGAUGAACAACUUCUUCAUCAACUGCAUUCAGAAGAUCAUCAGCAGAGAUGAGCAGCCAGUUGAAGAGCGGCGGCGAGACUUCCUACAGCUGAUGCUGGACACGCGGAGCAGCAAGGAGUGUGUGUCACUGGAGCACUUUGAUGUGGUCAACCAUACAGAUGAGCUGGCCCCCACACACACAAACCAGCAAGAAAAUGUUGAGGUCAGCCACGAGUCACCCAACAGGCGCUCGGUCCAGACCCAGAAGAGGAUGAUGUCGGAGGAUGAGAUAGUGGGCCAGGCGUUUGUGUUCUUCUUGGCGGGGUAUGAGACCAGUAGCAACACCCUAGCCUUCACUUGCUACCUCCUGGCUCUUCACCCAGAGUGUCAGAGCAAACUGCAGGCUGAGGUGGAUGAGUUCUUCACCAGAUAUGAUUCACCAGAUUACACCAAUGUCCAGGAGCUGAAAUAUCUUGACAUGGUCAUAUCAUUACCUGGUUUCAGGUUUGCCCGUGACGUUGACGAGGACUGCAUGGUGAAUGGACAGUUUCUACCCAAGGGAGCCACCCUGGAGAUCCCUGCAGGCUAUCUGCACUAUGAUCCAGAGUACUGGCCUGAGCCAGAGAAGUUCAUCCCUGAGAGAUUCACAGUGGAGGCCAAGGCCAGCAGACACCCGUUUGUGUACCUGCCGUUUGGGGCGGGGCCCCGCAGCUGUGUGGGCAUGAGGCUGGCCCAGCUGGAGAUCAAGAUGGCCCUGGUGCACAUCUUCAGGAAGUUCAACAUUGUGGCCUGCACAGACACCAAGGUUCCUCUGAUGUUGAAGUCUCACACCACUCUCGGACCCAAGAAUGGCAUCUAUGUGACAAUCACUAAUAGAGAGAUAGAGGGAGAACCGCGACUCCCCUGCAGAGGAAGAAUAGAAGCUCUGUUCUCUGUCUGCUCUCUAGACUGUAGUGUGAUUUCUAUGAAACUGAUAUAUUAUCCAUCCAACGACUGCUAA